AUGGCGCUGGCUGCAGAGAUCAAGGUGAUGAUUUCAUUGGAUUGUUCUCCUCUCUUUGCCAGCGGUCUUCAUCUCAGUGGGAACAAGUGUACUGUCCUGAGAGAUAAUCUCCACACUGAUGGGGACAACACUUUAGAUGUUAAGAUGAGGCCCACUGCUACUGAUGCCCUCUCCUACAGCAUCACCAUCACAAUCUCAGCUCUGAUCAUUGUUAAAGGGACGAAGGACAUUCCCGGAGGAAAGAUCAACAUAAAGGCCUACCUGAGGAAGAGUGACUUCUAAUCCCUGACCUCUAGCCCCCGACCUCCCCUCCUCUCAGACAUGAUGCAAUACCUGAUGAAGAUUGACCUCUACCCCCUGACCUCCCCCUGACCUCAGUGCUGGUGAAGGUCUAAUGAUUAGAUCCUAGAGCCUUACCUAGG